AUGGCUUCAUACUAUCCAGAAAAGCCCACCACAUCGCAAUCGCAAAACAUGACAAAAUUUUUCAAUAUUUUUGCAGAGUUCUAUCCAUGUGAACCAUGUGCAUUAGAUUUCAAAGAAGACAUUAAGAAACAUCCACCGAAAACAAUGUCGAAAGAUGAGCUGGCACAGUGGCUCUGCGAAAGACAUAAUACUGUCAAUGUCAAAUUAGGAAAACCAAUUUUCGACUGCAGUAAAAUACACGAGAGAUGGAGAAACGGCUGGUCAGAUGGCUCCUGCGAU